CGCAUUGACCGGGGAAUCGCACCUCAGAUGCGGGGAACACGCUGCACUCGAAGCGGCCGUCAGAUCUGCCGAACACCGCCGAUUGGAUUGCGCUCCGGAAACUCACUCGCGCGUGGGAAACAUUUGCAAAGUUUCGCCUCCAGUUGAAAGUUCAGUUGGAUGAGCUGUCAAACUUUAUUUGCUGUACUUUGUGUGUGCUGUGUUCUUGGUUUUUGUUUCUCCGCGGUUUGUCCUGUGGCUCCGGCGCACCAAUGUUAGCGGUGGGACAGAUGGAUAGUAACCGGCAGAGUGCGUUCGUCCUGGGCAGCACUCCACUGGCUGCGCUGCACAACAUGACCGAGAUGAAGACCUCUUUAUUCCCGUACGCUCUGCAGAGUCCCGCCGGCUUCAAGGCUCCUUCUCUCGGCAACCUGAACUCUCAGAUCCCGCUGGGGACGCCUCAUGGAAUAAGCGAUAUUUUGGGCAGACCCAUCACCACUGCAGGACAGCUGCUCUCGGGUUUCCCUAGGAUCAACGGAUUGGCCACUUCAGCCGGGAUGUACUUCAACCCGGCGGCCGUUUCUAGAUACCCCAAACCGCUGACGGAGCUGCCCGGGCGGGCGCCCAUAUUCUGGCCGGGAAUGAUGCAAGGCUCGCCGUGGAGAGACCCGCGGGUUCCCUGUGCGGCCCAAGCAAACAUGAUGCUGGACAAAGAUGGCAAGAAGAAACAUUCCAGACCGACUUUUUCAGGACAGCAGAUUUUCGCACUGGAGAAAACCUUCGAGCAGACCAAAUAUCUGGCCGGUCCGGAGAGAGCCAGACUCGCCUAUUCUCUGGGAAUGACCGAGAGCCAAGUCAAGGUUUGGUUUCAGAACAGAAGAACUAAAUGGCGAAAGAGGCACGCGGCAGAAAUGGCCACGGCCAAGAAAAAGCACGACUCUGAGACGGAGAAGAUGAAGGAGAGCUCGGAUAACGACGAAGAUGAUGAAUAUAACAAACCCCUGGACCCGAACUCUGACGACGAGAAAAUCACAAGACUUUUGAAGAAGCACAAGACGAGUAACCUGUCGCUCCUCAGCCCGUGCAGCAACAGCUCGGACACUUUGUGAUCAAUCUGAGCUCAAAGACUCUUCAUGCACUGAAACCAAAACAUGAUGCAUUGGAUUUACUACAUGUGUUUAAAGGUAACUGGCUGCAAGCAAUUAAUAUGGGCUGAAUGUUAGCAAGUUGAACAUUACUGCAUUUAAUUUGUGUUUAAAUUCAGCCGACACACUCUCUAUUUCAACACAAAUCCAUUAAGCUAAUCGUUUUUUACAAAUUUGAGUGGAUUGAACAUAAAACAAUUAAGUUAUCCCAAAACAAAAGUAAAGAAUUGUGUUUCUUCAACUCAUUUUAAUUUAGUUUAAUCACACAGAAGUCAUCUUUUGAGUGCAUAUAAAUUGUUUGCAGCCAGUUACCUUAAAUUCUUCAGUAAAUUCAAUAACUCAUUCCCUUUUCAGUGCAUCUUCAGCAUCAUCUUCAUCAGUCUCAGAUUCUCCUGCAGAACUGGGGCAGAAUUAAGCAGGGUAUAAUAAACACACUGUUCACACUGCUUUGGCUUCGCUGCAGUUGUACAGUUAGAGUGGACGUGAGAUGUAUAUAUAUUUUUUACUGAGUAAAUUAUGUUAUUAAAGCAUCACGAAGACGUGCCAAUCUCCCCUCAUCAUCAUCAUAGGUCAUUUAAGAUCAGACGGUCGCACUUUACAACAAGGCUGUACUAGUUAAUAUCAGUUAAUGCAUUUAUUAGCAUGAACGAACAGGACAUUCAUGGCAGUAUUUAUUCAUGUUAAUACAGUGUUCACUGUUAGUUCGUUAACUCACGGUGCAUGAAUUUGGAUGUUAAUAAUGCAUACAUGUUGAACUAUCAUUAAGAAAUUAUGUACAUGUAUUGUUGAUUAAUAAUUCAUGUAGUAAAUACAUUACCAAUGCAUUAACUAAUGCAACCUGAUUGUAAAGCGUGACCAAAAUCGAUCGCAGAAGAAUAACGACGCCUCUUUCGCCUAAAAACAUGUACUUUUUUAUUAUUUUGAAAGCAGGUACACAAAGUGUAUAAAGUGCCAGUGUUGUAAAUGAUGUGAAUAGAGUUUGUUUUAAUAACAAUGUCCUUUUUUUGGCCGCUUAUACUUUCAAUGGAAGGAGUUUAUGUUUUACCUCACAACACGAGAAAUACUCAAAGAUGGACUUAAAUAUCGAUGAAGAGAAUAUUAUUGCUUCCGUGAUGAAGGAAGAAAAACUUUGUAUUAUCAAUAAAUUAUUUAACAAGC